AUGGCGUCUGACAUUCUCUGGCAGAAUGCUGAGAACACCAUUAUCCUGAUUGAUAUCCCGCGAUCAAUUGCAGCAGCGCAAAGCACGAAAGAGGGGCCUUGCACGGAUUUCAUGCUGUCAGUGGUAGCGUUGGAGACGCCUUUCCCGGCUCAGAAAUGCAACAAUACAAGAACUGUCAAAAGCCUUGCAAACAGCGCCGCGGACGAUUUUCUACACCAAGAAUACCAUACUUUGCUCCAGCGAGCUCUAGACGAGGUUCGGUCUUGCCACAAAGAUGGUUGGUGCCAAGAGCGGCCUUUCAUCUCGUCCAGAGGUGUGCGCAAUGCUAAGCGCAAGGCAAGUGAUGUCCUCGCGGAUAAUCGGAGCAGCGAAUUGCCCACAAAUAUUCUCCGGAACAUAACACAGCCAUGUCUCACACCUCCGGACGUCCGCUUUGGGAGAGAGGAAGGCAUCGAAGACGGCGAAUACGAGCCUGGGUCCCAUCUAUGGAACUACAGCAGAAACGCUGGCACGAUGAUUUUGACGCAUCAUGAUUUGAACACUGCCAGUUCCACAGACUAUGGGUUCCGCAUACCAGCGGAUGCGACUUUCUUUUUGGCAAAUUGUUCAAAUACUGAAGUGUUCCACGACAUAGUCGAGCAGCGAAAGCUCAAGUUCGACUUCAUUCUCCUGGAUCCACCUUGGCCGAAUCGUUCAGUGAAGCGGACACACAAGACUCCAGGAACUUCAUAUGCAACGAUUUCGACUUUGCAAGAUAUUUCAAAUUUACUGUUGAACAUGAAUCUAUCACAAUUACUUUCGGAAACAGGUUAUGUGGGCGUUUGGAUCACGAAUAAAGCUGCCAUACGGGCCUUGGUACUUGGUCCUGGAGGUCUGUUUGAGCAUUGGGGUGUUGAUUUAUGUGAAGAAUGGAUUUGGUUGAAGACUACAGUACAUGGAGAGCCUGUCACGCCACUUGAAGGUAUGUGGAAUGGAAAGAAGCCUUAUGAGGUUCUUCUCGUUGGCAAGAAGAAAGUCACAGGUACGGCAGAGGCUGGAAAUAUCACGCGCAGAGUCAUGAUAGCUGUGCCAGACUUGCAUUCGAGGAAACCAUGCUUGAAGAAGAUGAUCGAGACAUUGGUCGGGACGAACGGAAAUGUCCUAGAAGUCUUUGCCAGACAUCUCGUCACUGGUUGGUGGAGCUGGGGCGACGAAUGCUUCAAAUUCAAUUGGCAGGGGUAUUGGCAGGGCGCGGAAGAGUGCAAGAGACCAUGA